UUCCGGGCUUCUCGGUCGCAGCGUGAGGAAGUGGGGCUUUCACAGUAGCUGAGCUCGCUCGUUUCUGAGAACACAGAAUACACUGGGUGGGGGGGGAGACGCAAACCCACCACACAGCUGCACACGGGAGACUCGGCCAACGGUCUCUACUCGGACUCACCAGGGAUAACAGGAAGAAUCCCUGUGCCUCUGAGGAACGCAAACAAACAGGAUAUCAGACGUUCUCAUUCGGCCGAAUGCACCGAUCUCAGCGGAUCUCGUACCGGAUCCAUUCGGGCUACUGUAGUAAGAGGAACGUGUCUCGCGUAGCGCGCAACGAGGAGGAAAAGAAACGUAUGGUCACAACACUUGACCGAGGAAGACACUGACAGGCAGCUGAUAUUGGAAGACGAGAUGACAUGCACUUAGGUUGUUAGUUUAUCUCCCAUUGCCCGUUGGUUUAGCUAGCAAGUUGUUUGGUCGCCCGGGAAAAGACUCAACUUCCAGUGGCGAGAGACCGCGGACGGCGCACCGAGCUAACGUUAGCUAGCCAAUUUCCUCCUUCCAACGCCCCCUCCCCCCAUCAUAACAGCUAGCCACUGGUGUCUCCGUGCCAGAGCCCACGACACUGGGCGAAAGCAAUGAUUAUGGCAAAUGGUGUGCGGUUUGGUCCGUCUUUUUUUGUCCCGAGGAUCGGGAUUCGUUAGCCGAGAUCGCUAGCUGCACGAGCGGGUUUCGCGUCGGACCGGAGCGGCGGUUCGCCAGCUACCUGCGCUAGCCGAGUCGGGAUAUUAUCUAACGUUAACGGGUUAGUUGAAAAUGAACUGGCUCACAGCACGGGGUUAGCUACUUGCUAAGCGGCUGGAAGUGACUCGUUUUGCGCAGCGGUUUGGUCGUAGACAACCCCGUCUCCCUAGAUUAUACAUUUAACUAACGUCAACUGGCUGAUUUUGUCGUGGCAUGAUCUGUUUAAAUAUUGCAUAUAUGGUUACCGUAGCGCCAAUAACAUAUAGUAGUUUUGUUGUUAGCUAGAGGGAUUUAUUCGGACAUCUGGCUGAUGAAUGCUGGCCUGGAUAUUCAGCGAGCAACCUGCAUCUAUAUGGCGACGUGUUCUGCGACACAUGUCCUCCCGAUGAAGGAGCACGUUGUCCCGAGUCUUCCUUUUGGUGAACACGUGUGAACCGACCUUAUACGGCAUCUGGACUAUUCAUUCGUGGUCCGAUUUGUUGUUGUUGUGUGAUUUACAGGCGAAGCUGGCUUCCCCUUGUCGUUUUAGCUCUCUCCCCUUGUCGUUUUCACGGGAUGUCUUCGUCGGAUGCCAUUUCGACAGAUUUUAUGCAGCAUCUUCGUAGACGUUGUGUUUUCUGUUAACAGCAUAGGCGACAAGGCGCCGUUAGGAAGCGUCGCACAUACCGCAAGGUUGACAUGGUGGUUUAGCUUGCCAAGAAGAUAAAAAACCAAUCAUCCAGGAUCAGUGGGCUUUGACAGUUAUUAGCUAACUAGCUGGCGUGCUAGUUAGCCAAAUGUAGCAGGUGGCCCAUCUAAAUAAGUGAAGCCCUCUGAGUGUGGUGGUGGGGGGGAGGCAGAAACCAACAUCUCUUCAAUCUUGUCUGCUGUUAUUUUGAACCGCUUUAUAUUCGGAGUCCAUGAAACCGCAACACGUUUUACACAAACCGGAACCUUAUUGAUGGGAAGAAGACAACACGCACCCAGAUGAGUGAACUCUCAAUAAACGAGUCAUCUAUUGAGCUAUCAAUCUCCUCUACGUUUUGUUUUUGUGUGUGUUUGUUUUUGUGUCACAAUGGUUGUGUUUUGAGAGACCGUGUUUGCCAGACCUAGAGGAAGAAAACGGGUGGUCGCCCCUGUCGUCCGCAUAGCUGUCUUGGUCGCCCUGGUUGGAUCUAGCUACAUUCACUGGACAUUCGCUUCGUCUUUUCCUUAAAUACAUUUAAAAACCGUUCCCACGGCAGGUGUGGUGUCCACCCAAGGUUGAAGAUGGCGGACCUCGAAGCAGUUCUCGCCGAUGUCAGCUAUUUGAUGGCGAUGGAGAAGAGCAAAUCUACUCCAGCGGCCCGGGCGAGCAAGAAAAUCAUACUGCCUGAACCCAGUAUUCGCAGUGUGAUGCAGAAGUACCUAGAGGAGAGAGAUGAGCUGACGUUCGACAAAAUCUUCAACCAGAAGAUUGGUUUUCUGCUGUUCAAAGAUUUCUGUUUGACUGAAAUCGACGAGGCCGUGCCACAGCUCAAGUUCUACGAAGAGAUUAAGGACUACGAGAAGUUGGACUCUGAAGAGGAGAGGUUGUGCCGUAGCAGACAGAUCUACGACGGCUACAUCAUGAAGGAACUCCUCUCCUGCUCACAUGCCUUCUCUAAGAAAGCAGUGGAUCACGUUCAGACUCACCUGGCCAAGAAACAGGUGCCUCCCUCUCUCUUCCAGCCGUACAUCGUGGAGAUCUGUGACAGCCUGCGAGGGAUGAUCUUCCAGAAGUUCAUAGAGAGUGACAAGUUCACUCGUUUCUGCCAGUGGAAGAAUGUGGAGCUGAACAUCCAUUUGUCGAUGAAUGACUUCAGUGUCCACCGCAUCAUCGGUCGGGGGGGUUUCGGGGAGGUGUACGGCUGCAGGAAGGCUGACACCGGCAAGAUGUAUGCCAUGAAGUGUUUGGAUAAGAAGAGGAUCAAGAUGACAGGGGAGACUCUGGCUCUGAGCGAGAGAAUUAUGCUGUCACUUGUCAGCACAGGGGACUGUCCGUUCAUAGUGUGCAUGAUCGCCUUCCACACACCAGACAAACUCUGCUUCAUCCUGGACCUGAUGAACGGAGGGGACCUGCACUACCACCUGUCUCAGCACGGUGUGUUCAGUGAGAAGGAGAUGCGUUUCUACGCAGCGGAGAUCAUCCUGGGACUAGAACACAUGCACAACCGCUUCGUCGUCUACAGAGACCUCAAGCCUGCUAACAUCCUAUUGGAUGAGCAUGGUCACGUGCGUAUCUCAGACCUGGGUCUGGCCUGCGACUUCUCCAAGAAGAAGCCUCACGCCAGUGUUGGUACCCAUGGGUACAUGGCCCCGGAGGUGCUUCAGAAGGGGACGGCGUACGACAGCAGCGCUGACUGGUUCUCACUGGGCUGCAUGCUCUUCAAACUCCUCCGAGGAGGUCUGGGCCCAGUACAGCUGAGGGAGGCACAGUCCUUCAGACAGCACAAGACCAAAGACAAACACGAGAUUGACCGCAUGACGCUCACUAUGAACGUGGAGUUGCCAGACUCAUUCUCUGUGGAGCUGAAGGGUCUGUUGGAGGGUCUGCUGCAGAGGGACGUGGCCAAGAGACUGGGCUGCUUGGGACGUGCCCCAGAGGUGAAGGAGCAUCUGUUCUUCAAAGGCAUCGACUGGCAGCAAGUGUAUCUUCAGAAGUAUUCUCCCCCUCUCAUCCCUCCAAGGGGAGAGGUAAAUGCAGCAGAUGCAUUUGACAUUGGCUCCUUUGACGAAGAGGACACCAAGGGUAUCAAGUUGUUGGACAGUGACCAGGAAUUGUACAAGAACUUCCUGGUCAUCUCAGAGCGCUGGCAGCAGGAGGUGGCUGAGACGGUGUGGGCGGUCAACUCCGACACGGACAAGAACGAGGCCCGCAAGAACCAGAACAAACAGCUGGGCCACGAGGAGGACUAUGCCCUGGGCAAGGACUGUAUAAUGCACGGCUACAUGUUGAAGCUGGGGAACCCGUUCCUGACGCAGUGGCAGCGCCGAUACUUCUACCUGUUCCCCAACAGAGUGGAGUGGAGGGGAGAGGGGGAGUCACGGCAAAACCUGCUGACGAUGGAGCAGAUCGUGACAGUGGAGGAGACGCAGAUUAAAGAUAAGAAGUGCAUCCUGCUGCGCAUCAAAGGAGGGAAGCAGUUUGUCCUGCAGUGUGAGAGUGACCUAGAGUUUGUCCAGUGGAAGAAAGAGCUGACCGAUGCGUUUACUGAGGCCCAGAAGCUGCUGCGCCGCCCUAAGGUCAUCGGGAAGGGUCGGGCUGGGGUGGUGGAGUUCUCCAAACCUCCUCUCACACACCGCAGGCAGCAAUGGCCUCCUCGUCUUGAGACUGGACCCGACCACACCCACCUGCCGGGCCGCUCUCCACGGGAUUGGCUGGCUGUAGUGGAGGGGGGAGACCUAAAGCAGGUGCACAGUAAACUGAGUGGCAGCCUGGCGCAGCAAUUAUUCCUCCCAGAUCAGACUCCACCAAUCCUAGAGGCCGAGAUGGCCCUGCGAAACGAGCAGUUGGUCAACGGAGAGCAAGGCCGCCACUCCAACCAAUCAGAUCUCAAGACCUCCACGCCCCGGCGAGUCCUCUCCCCCAAACUCAAGAGCCCACCCCUGGGGGAGACAGCCAAACAGGAAGUGGCCACAGAAACAGGAAAUUGGAGCAGCUGA